AUGUGUGAUUAUCCUGCAAGUUGGAAGGCUUUGAGUGACAAGAACAUAUAUUUGAUAUCCAGCUGGAAUUUGAGGGUUCCGAUACCUCUGAACGUGGCAAGGGGUUUGGAUUAUCUUCAUUAUAGGGCUGUUCCUCCUGUUGUGUACCACGACAUCAAAUCUUCAAAUAUAUUGUUGGACAGCUUCAUGAAAGCCAGAGUAUGCGUUCAAUUUUCAGUAGCUAGUUCAUUUCCCCCACCGCAGGUUGCUGAUUUUGGACUUUCAAGACUGGGGAAGAAUAAUUUGCAUUCAUCUAAUGUCAAUAGAACUUUUGGAUAUGUUGAUCCUGAGGUGCUAUUAUUUGAAAUACUGAGUAGCAAGAACCCACAACAGGGUCUCAUUGAGUAUGUGGAGCUUGUGGCUAUUGAUGUGGAAGACAAUGUAGAGUGGGAAGAGAUUGCAGAUUCUAGACUUGCAGGAAAAUUUUAUGUUCAACAACUGAAUUAUAUUGCUGCCCUUGCUUAUAAUUGUGUAAAUCCUGUCUCCAGAAAAGGGCUGAGAUCCGUAAGCCAAGGAACUCAAGGGUGCAUCACGGCCAAAACUACCCUGCUAAAGCAGAAGAAACUACUUUCGAACUGGACCUUCAAGGGAUUGUUGGUCAUUCUUUAA